AUGGGCCGAUGGACCGCUCAGGAAGGCACUGAUCAUCGCUAUCCUUAUCGCACACGACGACCACCACUACCUCAGCUCAACCCCGGCGACAUGCCCCCCAAACGGCGCGGCGCGCCCGCCUCCUCCGCAACCCCCAAGAAGCCGCGUCAAUCCAAACUCGCCAAAGAAAACGACAUCACGGCCGACGAAGAAAACGAAAUCAAAGAAGUCUUCCACCUCUUCUCGACCACGAGCGCCGAGUUCGCGAACGAAAAGGAGGGCGUGAUCCCGCGCGAGGACGUGCGCAAGGCUCUCAUAGCUCUAGGUCUCCCGCCCUCUGAUUCCAGCGAACUACACUCGAUUCUCUCUGCCGUCGAUCCCACCGAGACCGGGUUCGUGCCCUAUGCGCCGUUUCUGUCCGUCGCGGCGGCGAAGUUGAGGUCGCGGUCUGACGAGGCCAUGUCUGCCGAGGUGGAUGCGGCGUUUCAUCUGUUUACGAGGGGCACGGAUGGGCCGAUCACGCUGGGACAUCUGCGGCGGAUAGCUCGCGAGCUGAAGGAGGAUAAUCUUGGCGACGAGCUGCUGAGGGACAUGAUUCUCGAGGCGAAUGGCGGGGCCAGUGUCAAUGCUGGUGUUACGCUGGAGCAGUUCCAUGAUGUGAUGACUCGGGCGGGUGUUUUUUGA